GCCGAAAUGACGCGUGCAAUUUUAUUUAUUGUUGCUUUAUGCUUUAUUGCAAAAAGUAAUGGGAAAACGUUCACCGAAUGUGAAUUAGUUCAUGAGCUAAGAAGACAAGGAUUUCCUGAACAUCAGCUUAAAGAUUGGGUGUGCCUAAUUGAAGCGGAGAGUUCCAAACGAACCCAUGUCGUUGGUGGCUCGAAUUCAGACGGUUCCCACGACUAUGGCUUAUUCCAAAUUAAUAACCGUUACUGGUGCAACGAUGGUGACCAUCCGGGCAAAGGAUGUAACAUACGCUGUAAAGAUCUGUUGCUGGAUGAAAUCACAAUAGCAUCUCAGUGCAGUAAGACUAUUUUCGGUGUCCACGGAUUCAACGCCUGGGUCGGAUGGGUGAACAAAUGCAAAGGAAAGAACUUACCCAAUCUUCAUUGUUAGUUU